AUGUUACGCGCCACGGCGGCGACUUUUCAAUGCAAAGAGCUCCGUGAGAGCUCGUCUGCACGCAGCAGCGGCGUUUUGCGUUCGAUUCAUGGCCAGGUGAACGCGCAACUGCCGUCGCAGCCGCCGCCGCCGCCGCUGGCGCCGGCGCCACAGCAGCAGCGGCAGCAGACUUCCUUCACUCGCAUCGGCGCGACGAGCUGCCCUGUUACCGCUCGAGGCGUCGCCUCGGAUGCUGCGGCGCAGAAAACGGCGAGCGGGGCAGGGGAGGAGCGGGCGCCGCCGACGAAGGAGUGGCAUUUGGUGCCGCUGGGUUACCGCCCCGCGCACGCCGUGGCUCUGCAGGAGCGCAUCGAGGAGAUGUGGGAGUCGCGCGUCGGGCGGGAGGCGCGGGAGGGAGAGGAAGGGAGGGUGGAAGGGAUGGAGAGGAGGGGCGAGGGAGCGGAGGAGAGCGGCAAGGAGGAGGAGCGGCGCGAGCUGGAGGCGCUGAACUGGGCGUUCAGUCAGCUGCCCGUGUCGGUGUUUCCAUGCCAGCACAAAGUGCUCGAGGUCCCCUCCAACGCCCGUCUGUCGGACGCUCUUCGACUGCUGCAGCAUGCGGGCCUCACAGCGGCGCCAGUCAGGGACGCGGGCGUUGGGGACGACGCACCCUUGCAGCAGCGGUACCUGGGGAUGGUGGAUGGCGCGGGCAUCGUCCUGUGGGUCAUGGGGCAGCUCAACCAAUCUUCCAUAGAGGUCCGCAUGGCGGCAGCAGCAGGAGGGGGACUGGCAGGAAUGGCGUUUGGAGGGCUGGGGGCAGCAGCACUGGGCGCGCCAGGUGUUGCCACGUUGGCAGCCAUGUGGGCGGGAUCGAUGGCGGGAGGUCUGCUGGGCGCCACGUCAGCAGAGGCGCCGGGGGAGUUGGAGGCGGGGGGAGGGGUGGAGCGAUUGAGGGUGUCUGCAGGGGGGCUGGAUCGGCUGUUGCAGGGGAAUCUGUUUCAAACUGCUAAGGUAAGCGUAACAUUUGGGGGUUGGGGGGGAGGAAGUGAAGGGGAAGUUGGGAAUGGAGGGGCAAGGGUGAGGGGUAGAGGGAGUGAGGGUGUCUGCAGGAAGGUUGGAUCGUCUGCUGCAGAAACUGCAAAGAAGCACCCCCUCUCGUCUUCUGCCCUAACAUACCUGGAGGGUUCCUUCCGCUGGCGCUCCUUUCUGCCCCACUCCUCCGACUCUGUUCUCUCCCUCAUGCUACUUCCCUCACCCUCUGUUCCGUCCAACCCUUCACCUCCCUCAAAGGUGUCUGACCUUGUGGGUUCGUUCCGCUGGCGCUCCUUCCUGCCUCUUUCCUCCUCCGAUUCAGUCCUCUCCCUCAUGCUGCUCCUUGCCAUGCCCCACCGCCCCCAAGUCCUCCCCAUCGUCACCUACCCUUCCACCUCCUCCUCUCCCUUCUCCUCCCCCUCCUCCGCCUCUCCCGCCUCCUCUUCCUCAUUUUCCUCAUCUCCCGAGCCUGCAGCUGCAGCUUCGUCAGCAGGCUCGGGGUCCACCCCGGUGCCAAGCCUGUCAGCUCUGGUGUCGCAGGCAGAUGUGGUGAAUUUCCUGGCGGAGUGUGACGGGCAGCCGUGGUUCGAGUGGGUGGCGGGGAGGAGUCUGCAGGACAUGGGGCUGCCAAGAAUGGGUGCAGGAUCGACUGUGAAGGUGGAGGAGUCAGACCCGGUAAUGGAGCCGUUCCGUCUGAUGCUGCAGCAUGACAUUGGUGGAGUGCCUGUGGUGGUACCGGGGACCAAUCGCAUUACGGCAAAUGUCAGCGCGAGGGAUGUUCUGCAGCUGCUGACGUCACCGCACCUUGCAGAGCAACACCACCUCAAGCCGCUCACGGUGGCAGAUCUGGUGCACGAUGCGCAGCGGCCGCAACACGGCGCUGCUGACGUCAUUUGGCCAAUCAUGGUGCCGCCCGUGACGUGCCACCCGUCCACGCCACUGCGCGAGGUGAUCCACGCGUUCCGGGUGGCACGCGUGCACCGCAUCUACGUCACACGGGAGCCGGACGAGGGGGAGGGAGGAGGCGUGCAGGGAGGAGAGCUGCUGGGAGUGGUGACACUGCGGGAUGCGAUUGGGCGAUUCCUGGUGCGGCAGGAGGAGGAAAGCGAGGGCAAGAGUGAAGAGAAGGGGCCAGCUCCGACCACCACUGAAGUUGGCUCGGAUGUUGGGAUGUCACUGCGCGAGGUUAUCCGCGCAUUCCGGGUGGCACGCGUGCACCGCAUCUACGUCACACGGGAGGAAGGGGAAGGAGGAGAGCUGGUGGGAGUGGUGAUGUUGCGUGAUGCAAUUGGGAGGUUUUUGGUUUGGCAGGAGGAGGAAGGGUUGAGUGGGGAGAGUGGGGAGAAGGAGGGGCCAUUUCCGACCAGCUCUGAGGUUGCAGGAGGUAACAGAGGAAAGCGAGGGGAGGAGAAGGAAGGGGAGGAAUGGGAGGGAGCAGAGAUGGCAGGCAUGCAAGCAUUCUUUGUACAUACGGCCCCAGGACUCUUCCGUUUUACAACCGGUGCUCUUUUUGCAGCACCAGUCAGACGCACGCGGGUUCAGACUGGGUUCGUUCAACCUCGUUACAGCCUGCUCACAUGA